AUGACGCUCCCAGAGGAAGUUGGCGGCGGUCCCCGCAUUCUCCUGCUGGCGACAUGUGACACCAAGCUGGAGGAGAUCACCUACGUGCACGACCGGCUCACACAACUGAACCCCAAAAGCAACCUGAUCCUGAUGGACGUCGGGCGCAGCGAGCAGAAAACCCCCAGCCAAGGACUCAUCAAAGUCAACCAGACAAUGUUGUUCGCGCACGAUCAUCCGCCCAGGGCGAAGAACCUGCCCCAGAUGUCGCGGGACGAGUACUCCACGGCCAUGAUCUCGGCGGGCACGCGCUACGUGCGGCGGCUACACGCCGGUGGCCCGCUGCACGGGGUGCUGGGGGUAGGCGGCAGCACAGGAUCGUCGAUCGUGGCGGCGCUCAUGCGGGGCGGGGUGCCCAUCGGGGUGCCCAAGCUGCUUGUCAGCACCAUGGCGAGCGGCGACGUGGGCCCCCUCGUCGGCGGCGCGGACCUGACGCUCAUGUACAGCGUGACGGACAUCGCCGGGCUCAACUUCCUGUCCGAGAGGAUCCUGGGUAACGCCGCCGCAGCCAUUAGCGGGAUGGCGGGCGCACGCUUCGAUGUGGAGGGCCGGGCCAGAAAUCAUCACGACGGUGACAGAAACAACACAAAAGAGUCCGGGGAGAAACACAGAAAAAAUAGGAUAGCAAUAACCAUGUUCGGCGUCACAACGCCGGGCGUGGACGCCAUCCGCUCCAUCCUGACCCAGUCACCACACAACGCAGAAGUCAUCGUCUUCCACGCCACGGGCGCCGGGGGAAAAGCAAUGGAGGCGCUGAUAAGGGAGGGCUCAUUUGACGCCAUCGUCGACCUGACCACGACUGAGGUCGCCGACGAGAUCGGCGGCGGCGUCCUGUCUGCCGGGCCCGAACGGCUGCUUGCGGGCGCCGAGGCCGGCGUCCCGAUGGUUGUCAGCGUCGGGGCCUGUGACAUGGUGAAUUUCGGGCCGAAGGAGACCAUGAGGGCGGAACACCUAGAUGCAGCCGAGAGGGGGGAGAGGAAGCUGUAUGUGCACAACCCGAUGGUGACGCUGUUGAGGACGACGAAGGACGAGAACAGGCGGAUAGCCGAGUUCAUGGUCGAGAAGCUGAGGAGGGCGCAGCGGAAAGACUUGGUCAAGGUCAUCAUACCGAUGGGGGCCGUGAGUAUGAUAUCAGGGAAAGGCGGGCCCUUCGAGGAUCGCGAGGCGGACGAAGAGCUAUUCAGCGGAAUUGAGAAGGGACUUCGAGGGAGCGGUAUCGAGGUUCUCCGAGUUGACGAACUAGAGAUCAAUGAUGAGCAGUUCGCACAGAAGGUAGUAGAUGUGUUAGUCGAGUUGCAGAACACCUAG